AUGACUCCAGCGGUGGGCAUAGAUCUUGGGACCACGAACUCAGUGGUAGCAGUAUUCCAAAAUGGAAAAGUGGAGAUCAUUGCGAAUGAUCAGGGCAACAGGACAACGCCCUCGUACGUCGCUUUCACCGAAACUGAACGGCUGGUCGGUGAUGCUGCUAAAAGUCAGGUAGCAGUUAACCCCAAUAAUACAGUGUUUGAUGCAAAACGUCUCAUUGGACGAAAGUUUGACGACCCUAAACUACAAGACGAUAUUAAGCACUGGCCAUUCCAAGUCGUAUCCGAUGGAGGAAAACCGAAAAUUAUCGUUGAAUAUAAAAAAGAAAAGAAAAGGUUUUCUCCGGAAGAAAUCUCCUCCAUGAUUUUAAGUAAAAUGAGAGACGUUGCUGAAACAUAUUUGGGUGGAACGGUUAAGGAUGCUGUUAUUACUGUGCCGGCUUAUUUUAAUGACUCCCAGAGGCAGGCUACUAAAGAUUCUGGUAUAAUAGCUGGCCUUAAUGUUCUCAGAAUCAUUAAUGAACCUACGGCCGCCGCUCUUGCCUACGGUCUCGAUAAAAAUCUUACUGGCGAAAAGAACGUACUCAUUUUUGAUCUCGGUGGUGGUACAUUCGAUGUUUCUAUUUUGCAAAUCGCUGAAGGAUCCUUGUUCGAAGUAAAAUCUACAGCAGGAGAUACCCAUUUGGGCGGAGAAGAUUUUGACAGCAGAAUGGUCGAUCAUUUUAGUCAAGAGUUUGAAAGAAAAUAUAAAAAGAACAUGAGAGAAAACGUUAAAUCAUUGAGAAGACUUCGAACGGCUUGUGAAAGAGCUAAAAGGACGCUGUCAACCGGUUCUGAAGCCAGUAUAGAAAUAGAUGCAUUGUUUGAAGGAAUCGACUUCUAUUCUAAACUUACGAGAGCGCGGUUCGAGGAGUUAUGUACUGACCUAUUUAGAUCGACCUUAGUUCCUGUAGAGAGAGCAUUAAAAGAUGCUAAUUUGAACACUAGAGAAAUCCAUGAUGUGGUUUUGGUUGGCGGCUCUACAAGGAUACCAAAGAUUCAAAGGUUGUUACAGGAGUUUUUCGGUGGCAAGUCUCUUAAUCUGUCUAUUAAUCCUGAUGAAGCGGUAGCGUAUGGGGCUGCAGUUCAAGCAGCUAUUCUAAGCGGUUCUCAGGACACGCGGCUUGCUGAAGUAUUAUUGGUCGACGUAACGCCCCUCUCGCUGGGUAUUGAAACAGCUGGUGGAGUGAUGACCCGUUUAGUGGAAAGGAACACUCGAAUCCCAAUAGCCCAGAAGCAGACUUUUACUACUUAUGCUGACAAUCAGCCCGCUGUUACCAUUCAGAUUUACGAAGGAGAAAGAGCAAUGACUAGAGACAAUAAUUUGUUGGGCACUUUUAACUUAACCGGCAUACCUCCCGCUCCAAGAGGAGUACCUCAAAUUGAAGUAACGUUUGACAUCGACGCCAAUGGAAUCUUAAAUGUUAGCGCUCACGAUAGAAGUACGGGGAGAUCAGAACAUAUCACGAUUUCCAACGAUAAGGGCCGCCUCACUAAGAAUGAUAUUGACAAAAUGUUGCACGAAGCUGAGCGGUUCAAAGAAGAGGAUGAAGUGUCCAAGAAGAAAAUCGAAGUUAAGAAUCAGUUGGAGGGCUACAUUUUUGGUUGUAAGACGGCAAUAGACAACUCUGGUUCCAGGCUGUCGGAGGACGAGAAGAAUAAAGUCCGUAAUGAAUGCAACAAUCAGCUGCGAUGGCUCGAAUCUCAUGGUGACGCUUCGAUGGACGAUUAUGAGAAGCAUUUGAAGGAUUUACAAGCUGUUUGUCAACCGGCCAUGAUGAGACUACACGGCGUUGGUGGCACGGGAGGCGGGCCAAGUAACCUGCAGCGUCCGGAAAGCGGAGGGCCAAGAGUUACGGAAAUUGACUGA